AUGUCACCAACAUUAUCCACACCUUCCUCGGAGGCAUCCUCCUCCUCCACCACAACCCUCGCACCAUACUCCAAACAACCCCGAGUAACUAGAACGACAAUCUUCAUCAUAACCCUCACCCUCGCCUGCUGCCUCCUCUCCUCCACCACCUUCGCAGCACCCGCAGCAAAGCCUCAAUCCAAAAACCUCCUCCGCCAACGAUCACUUGCACACCAAGUCCACCAUGUCCAGGUCGCCGACGAGAGUGUUCACAAUACCUUCCUCCUCCUCAAAAAGUCGAUCCAAAAACACAAAUCUCAAAAGCGUUCACAAUCGCCGCAGCAGCAACACCACCCGGUUCAGCAGGGCCACACGACAAAAGAGAAGAAGACAAAGCGUCAUGCGAAGCGUGAAAUCGUCGACUCUUCUUUCGAGUCUGCCCCUGUCCCUGAAGAUCGCACCGCCUCCAACGACAAAGACAUCAGGGUAGAAGGCUUGGUCGACCUCGACAGCAUCGCCACCACCGCCACUGAAACCCGCAGAGGCAGCUCAACAUCAGAUGACAACAGUGCUGCAGUCCAGAAGAAGAAGCACAGUGGUGGCGGUGGUGGUGGAGGUCAUCAUCGCGCAAGGCUUCUAUCCGCCUACGAGUCGAUCAUCUUUUCCGAGAGCCAGAUCCCCGUCUUCCUGACCCAAGAUCACCACCACCAGCGUCCUCAUUGGCCCCAGCACCACCGUCAGCGCAAGGGAGCCAACGUGUCCAAGAAGAACAACGCCGAACUCUACCACCAAAAUCCGAUCAUAGCCGAGGCUUCCAUCCCCUUCGUCGCCAUCCCUUCCUCUUCUGGCGAUGAUGUCGCUAUGGCCCAUGCGAAUUCCCCCUCGCCUUCUUUGGACUCUGAAUUGGAGCAGCAGCACACUACCACUUGGACUGUCGCACAAGACGCUUCUGCGUCUAACAAUAACAACCUCCAGACCUACCACGUUGCGGAAGACAAGGUCAUCGCCGUCGGCGUAACUGAGGAUGAGCCUUCUGAGAACGAUGAUAAAAAUAGCUCUCUUCUCCUCGCUGCUGCUUCCGCUUCCCCCAUCCUUCAAGUCGAGCAGGACAAGGAGGAUUUGCCGCCGUCAAUUGCCACUGAGGAGGGCGUUAGUGAGCCCUUUUCUUCGUCCUCGUCCUUGUCCUUCACAUCUGGAAGUACUGAGGCUGUUGUGGUUGGAAACGAUUUUUCUCAGGGUGCUGAUUCUCUCAUAGAAGAAGAAGCCGUGGUUUCCAUGGCUGUAGUCGUUGUUGAAGAUGAGAGCCCUAACACUGCCGACGAGAUUGAGAACGGGUGGGUGAUUGUCGCCGAUGCUGGCUUUGUCGACAGUGACAGUGACAGCAGUAGUAAUAUCGAUUCCAACCCCUCCUCGACCUCUUCGUAUGUCGAGUUCCAAUCCCCCGCCGAGUCCGAUGACAUCCCCCUUUCCAACAAUCAUCAUCAGCGCGAUUCUGGCACUUCCCUCUUUCAUAACGGCUGCUCUUCUUCCUCUGUCAUCACCUUCCUGGGCGGUCUCCUCCUGACAGUGUUUGGACUCGUAUACCGGUUCUAUAUCCGUAAACAGCAGCUCCAGAAGCAACAAGCUCGUCGUCUGGGUUCCUCGCUGCCUCUUGACGCCAAGGCUCCUCUUUCGACAAAGUCAUCAGAGGGAAAGUCGUCGGUGCAUAGACUAUCGGUCGAUAGUGUUACUGGGUUGAUGCGGGAGGGGGAUAGUGGGAGGACAACUGCCAUGCGUGACUAUGUCGGUUUCAACAUGCAAUAG